AUGGCGGCAUCGGCAGUAGAACGUUUCAACGAUCUUAUCAAAGUCAAAGGAUCUGUCAAUGAGUCCGAUGUUGCUCAAGUCUUCGAUUCACUUCCUGCAGUUUCUCCUGAGGCCCUUAUUGGGAAGUGGAAAGGCGGCAGUUUCGACACCGGCCACUCAACUCAUAAACAACUGACUAUAUUCAAAUGGGCCGGAAAAGACUUCCACUCUGUCAAUGAAGUCGAUCCCAUCAUGCUUUGGGAUGAGCAGGGUAAUCGUAACUGGUUUCCUGAUUUUGGGCAUGCACAGCUUCGAGAGGUUAAAUUUCGGGAUGUUAUAUCUGCCGCUAUGAUUUAUGACAAAUUCCCCAUCAUUGAUUCGUUUCGUUACGUGUCAGAAGGGGUUGUGAUAGGCGCGAUGGAAAACAAGGAUCUACGUGACGAGGGUACUUACUACUUUUACCUCACUAGACUUGAGUGA